AUGACUCAGCUUAAUGAACUGGAGAGCCUACGCACCAGGGUGAAGCUACUCGAGGAGCAGAUACGUUCUUUAGGACACGAGCCAAUUGAAAUACCUACGUUCAAUGUGUCUGAGCUAGGUCCUAAAGAGGGUGAACUUGCGUUGGAUGAGUAUGUCCGCUACGGCCGUCAGAUGAUACUGCCUGGGUUCGGCUUGCCUUCUCAACUAGCUCUUCGCAACUCUUCUAUACUUGUACUAGGAGCCGGAGGACUUGGAUGUCCCGCCCUCAUGUAUCUUGCCUCUGCUGGAACUUUGCCGGUCGUGUUUGCUCCGAAUGUGCGCUUCCAUGCUGUAUUGGAUUGCACCGACACACCUUCCACACGCUAUCUACUUUCGGACGUGACCACUCGCUUGGGAAUUCCGUUAAUAUCGGGAGCUGCACAACGAACCGAUGGACAAUUGGUAGUUUAUAACCUUCCCCCUUCUGCACCCCUGGAUCCUCGAAAUGCAAAGAAUCACACAGAUCCGACUGUUAAUGCUACUGAAAUAACAAACACUGUCGGCCCUUGUAUGCGCUGCAUUUUUCCAUCCGUGUCUAGGACCGGUGCUGGCGCAGAAAGAUGCUCGGAUGUCGGUGUAUUAGGGCCUGUGGUUGGGGUAAUAGGUGUGCUUAUGGCACUCGAGACUAUUAAAAUCUUGACCGGGUUUGGGAUAGAAGAGUGCCAGCUCCAUACGCCUUCGAUGCUCUUAUUCACUGGCCUUUCCCCCCGACCAUUCAGGAAUAUCAAAUUGCGACCUCGCCAAUCAAAGUGCCCAGGAUGUUCGACAGGCUCACCGCAAGGUUUACCAGUGCCGGAACUCAUGGCCGAUCUUGCAUCGCUCCAAGACAGUUACUAUCAAUAUUGUGAUGUAGAUUCACACCUACCCAAUGAUCCAAUCUUGACCGGAGCACGGAGAGGAGAGCCUGGUAUGAGGGUGAAGGCUUCGGUUCUCAGAGAUGCUUUAGUGUCUGCUGCGGCAAGCUCCACUGCAUCACCACAAUUAUUGACACACGACCACCUACAGAAUUUGGUAUCUGUUCCAUUCCUGGGUCUGUCAAUUACGCACAACUUCGAUUUUAAUGAAUGCCAAUAUUCCGACGCCGCAGCUGGUUUCGUUAACUAUGAAAUCAAUGUUGCGGAUGAGGUCAAAUUAGCGACAUCUUUAGCUCGCUAA